AUGAGGACCGAGGAGGAGGACUGGGAGAUGACCGAUGAGGAUGAGGAGGAGAGAUGGGAUGAUCAACGGGGAGUUGGGAUGGUUUAUAUCGUCAUCGUCCAGUCUAUGAAGAUGGUGUCUGGACUCUGUGACCGGGGACGGCAACUCGGGGCGAUAGGAUGGAUCAUGGCGACAUUACUCGCAGUCCUUGCCAACAUCACGGUCUCUGGAUAUGUCAAGGCCAACAACAACAGGCAGGGGGGAACUCGUGAAGGAGGGCCCAUCAUGGUGUGCGGCACAAGCUAG